GCUUUCGUUAAUCUGUCAAAAGUCAACAACUUGUCAAUUUUUUUCCAUACAGAGUCCCGGCUUUAAAAACCGUAAUUUCGUCUAAGUUUAACGUGGGCCGACGCAUUCCACGUCCAAAAGUACUUAAAUGACUUAAAUAAACAUGUUUUAAGUCAUUAAUUUAAAAAAAUCCACGUAAAUUUGUCCAAAACACGAUGAAACAUUUCAACACGAUAUUUUUUCUUCUUCUGGCCUUCGAAAUUAACAUCUAUUUAACCAAGGACACAAAAAAUGCUGUCGUUGAUAACAUUUACGAUAUCAAGGAGUUUAAAAAAUUAAUCAGGACAAAAACGAACGUUUUAGUUUGUUACACGAAUUCGAUCAAGCAGGCGUCCCAAGUGAUCAAGGUCUUUAGGGAAGCGGCUGAUGUUAUCAAGGGGCAAGGCACCAUGGUUGUAAUGGACUGUUCAGGGGAGGCAAAAAAAGUUUGUAAAAAGUUGAAGGUCACCCCUGAUCCUUUCAUUUUCAAACAUUACAAAAAUGGGGAAUUUAACCGCGACUAUGACAGAAAAUUUACCGUUAGUUCAAUGGUUAAUUUCAUGAGGGACCCCACUGGGGACUUACCUUGGGAGGAAGACGCCUCUGCUAGUGAUAUUGUGCACGUUCCGGACGCUGAGACUUUGGCUAAAUUUAUCAGACAGGAAAGCAGGCCUUUGAUGGUCAUGUUUUACGCCCCCUGGUGUGGUUUUUGCAAAACUUUGAAGCCGGAAUAUGUGGCAGCGGCUAAAGAACUGAAAGGACACUCGGUUCUGGCCGCCAUUGAUGUAAAUAAGCCUGAAAACGCCGUCAUUAGGACCUUGUACAAUAUUACGGGAUUCCCCACACUUUUGUAUUACAAAAACGGUGCGAUGAAAUUCCAAUACGAAGGCGACAAUAAGCGCCAAGCCAUCGUCAAUUUUAUGAAAAACCCCUCAAAGCCGGUGAAAGUCAAGGAACAAGAAUGGUCUGAAGUCGACAGCGAAGUCGUCCACUUAACCACGACCAACUUUGACCCCGUUGUUAAAGAGGAAGCGUCUUUGCUUGUAAUGUUUUACGCCCCUUGGUGUGGCCAUUGUAAGAAAAUCAAGCCCGAAUACGAAAAAGCCGCCGCUAAGCUCAAAUCAGACGGGAUUCCAGGUAUGAUGGCCGCGGUUGAUGCAACGAAAGAAGUGAGUAUUGCUGACCGUUUCUCGGUCAAAGGCUACCCCACGAUGAAAUAUUUCACGUACGGGGAACACAAAUUUGAUAUUAAUUUGCGAGAAGCGACAAAAAUUGUCGAGUUUAUGAAAAAUCCAAAAGAACCACCGCCGCCUCCACCACCGGAAAAACCAUGGUCGGAGGAGGAGUCCAGUGUUGUGCAUUUGAACGAAGAGAAUUUUAAAAGUUUUCUUAAAAAGAAACGACACGCACUUGUUAUUUUCUACGCACCUUGGUGUGGCCACUGCAAGAAAGCUAAACCCGAAUUCACCAAAGCAGCGGAAUUUUUCAAGGACGAUCCCAAGGUUGAGUUUGCAGCAGUGGACUGUACGACGUAUCAGGGCGUUUGUUCGGCUCAUGAAGUUAGCGGUUAUCCCACCAUUAAGUAUUUCAGUUAUUUGAAUAAAGUUGUUAAAGCGUACAACUCAGGCCGGACGGCCGAUGAUUUCAUUGCGUUUAUGUCAGAUCCAGAAGGCAAUGGCUCAAGUCAAAAAACAAUUGUUCCACAAUUGACUGAUGCCAACUUUGAGGAAGAAAUCUCAAGCAAGUCGGCUGUGCUUGUCAUGUUUUAUGCACCAUGGUGCAAACAGUGCAAAGAAAUAAAACCAGAGUACCAGAAAGCCGCCAAUGAGUUGAAACAGGACGGAUUUAUUGCUCAAUUAGCUUCAGUUGACUGUAGUUCGAAUCCUGUAGUCACUGAUAAGUACGACAUUGGCACAUUUCCCACUUUUAAGUUGUUUUUAAACGGUAAGUUCGUGGCCGACUUUACCGGCAAAAGUACGAAAGACGAUAUUAAAAGUUUCGUGGUUGAUGUGAAAAAUCGUAAAAAUAAGGAAUUGUGAGAUUUUUACUGCAUAUUUUAGAAAUAAAAAACGGUUUAAAUUUU